GUUUGAGGAAGGGCAUAUACUAACCAGGACAUAGUGUUCUGGCUCAGUGCUUGCUGCAGAGGAGAAGCUAUCGGCCGCACGGGUUGAUACAAUAUGGAAAUCCCAAAAAGGAAUAUAAUCUUUAUCUUCUCGCUGGCUACUAUUGUGAUGUUGACGGAAUAUCAGGGAAGCUUAAGUGAUUUUUCGAACAGUGUGUAUGCGCGUUGGAAUGAAACCAUGGAGACAUUUUCAGCCACAGGACGAGGUCUUAAGUGUCAAGGAAGAGACCCGUCGCUGGAGGCUGAGAAGCUGCGACGUCGGGUGGCUAGCGACGUGUCCUACGCAUGGCAGUACAUCCGGUACCAUCUGACUCAUGGAAACAGUAGUGGUGUUAAUCUCGAAGUCGUCCUUGAGGAUCUGGAUCACCACUUUAGAGUGACCUCCCACGACCUCGCGCAACUAAGCGAAGUCGACGGGCUUCAUGAGUGGCGGAAGAAGGAGGCCGCCGCUCUAAGUGCCCUCGUCCAGCACCGGUUGCGCGUCCUGCAGAAUCCCAGCGACUGCGCCACCGCCAAGAAAAUCUACUGUGACUUCAAAAAUGUGCGCCGAGGCAUAGGGAGCCAUAUGCAUCAUCUGAGCUGUUGUUUCCUGGCAUCGUAUGGCACUCAGCGAACCUUGAUCCUGGACACGGAUAAUUACAAUGGAAAUCCCAGAGGACUUACGACACUGUUCCUUCCCCUUAGCGACACAUGCACGGGUUACAACAGCUCUCAGAUAGUGCCUUGGCCAGGGGAGGAGGACUCUCUGUUGGUACAGUUUCCUGAGUGGGACCAACCUGACCCUAGGCCCAGUUACCUCCCUUGGUCCAUCCCCAAGGACUUUUCCAAGCGUCUGAUGCGCCUCCACGGUGACCCUUAUGCCUGGUGGCUGGGACAGAUCUUCAAUUAUACCAUGCGAAUGAACAAAGAGUUUCGGGAAUACUUUGCGAAUUUGACCAGGGAUGUAGGGUACGAGUCGCCUAUUGUAGGAGUACACGUACGGAGGACGGAUAAGCUUGGUACGGAGGCGAUGUACUUACACCUGGAAACGUACAUGGAGAGAGUGAAGCUUUUUUACCAAGAGUUGGCCCUCAAACAAACGGUUACUGAACAGAGAGUGUUCUUGACAACUGAUGAUUGGAGAGUUAUUGAAGAAUUUAAGGAAAAAUACCCCGAAUAUAGGCUCGUGUACAACCAGGCAAGCAUACAGUCAGCCAGUCCGAGCGAGAGAACCAAGGGCCCCAACCUGCGUUUCUUGAUGGCCGAUGUCCUCUUCCUCUCGCAGUCUGACUACCUUGUCUGUGGGAUGACUUCCAACGUGUGUAGACUGGCCUACGAGCUAAUGCAGAGUAUCCACCCGGACGCCUCGACCCGUGCCUGGUCCGUCGACAGCCCCUUGUUGUUCGACUUCUACAGCUUUCACUAUGUGCGGGCGCGGUUCAACCACACGCCUAGGAGGAGCGAUGAAAUAGAACUGCAAGAAGGAGACAUCAUACAAACGUGGCCAUUUUAUUUCUCAAACCAUCUCAAUCUUAAGGACGGGUUCUUGUACGGCACGAACAACCGUACACAGAAAGCGGGACUUUAUCCUGCGUACAAGACAAUCGAUGCCCUAAACAUGGCUGAUAUACAGUCGUUUGAACGUAUUGAUAAGAUGAACGUGAGGCGAUGAUUUUCAAGGUAAUUUUUGAUUCGUUUGGAUGUCCCAAUUGCUCUUGAUUAUUUAUUGACAUUAUUGUUUAAUGUGUAGUGACAUUUAGAACACAAUUGUAGGUGUAAUAGAGCAUAUAGAGAGAAUAAAUAGAGAAUAAAAAUUGUUAGACUCUCUCUCUCUCUCUCUCUCUCUCUCUCUCUCUCUCUCUCUCUCUCUCUCUCUCUCUCUCUCUCUCUCUCUCCCUCUUUAUAUCUGUCUAUCUUUCUAUCUAUCUUCUUUUGUCUUGCAUGGUAAUACUAAAGUCAGCCCUGUUUCAUAUAUGUGUGUGUGUGUGUGUGUGUGUGUGUGUGUGUGUGUGUGUGUGUGUGUGUGUGUGUGUGUGUGUGUGUGUGUGAACAUAUUCAUAUAUACAUGUAUGCAUGUAUAUAUGUAUAUAUGCAUGUGCGUAUGAAUCCUUUCAUGAAUAUGUAAUUAACAAGCCAGGUAUUAGAAUGUUACCCGGAAUUUUCAUAUCAAAUCUGGCGCUUAAAAGGUCAUAAAUACAUUCUUUGCCGUUUGGAAUCUUCUUAGAAAUGGCAUGCAAAUCCUGCUCUCAUAACUCUACUUCCAUCUAUAUCUUUACGACUUUGAAACAUGAAUUUGUAUUAAAAAUAAAUUCUCAAUCUUUA